GAGAGAGAGAGGAGUGACUUACUUUCAAAAAUAGUACACUUCAUCACAGCAGCAGCCGGUACAGCAGCGACGGGUGUGGAGGGAGUGAAACAUGGUGGGCUACGGACGUAAAUAACGGGACCGAGACAACAUUAUUUAAAUCAGAAAAGAGGAAACCGCGGCAUACGGCGAGAAAAGAGGAAGUGGAUAUUUCCGCAGGGAAGAAACUGGGUUUAAGUCGCUACAACACGUUACACUGUUGAUGUUGGUGUUUGGACACGAAUACCUGCAGAAAAUAGUCCCGACGUCCCUCAUUGUGGCUCCUCUGUCCUGUGUGACCCCCUGACACAGAGAGGAUGGUGAUGGAGGAGGGGGGGCAGAGAGACAGAGGGAGGGGGACUCCAGCUACAGUGGAAGCAGAGCAGAGACAUAUCUUGGCAGAGCUUGGGGAGCAGAACUUGGAUGCCAUUUGUCUUUCCACAUAUCGAACAGCCUGCAAGCUCAGAUUCAUACAGAAGAGAUGCAACUUGCAUCUGAUCGAUAUAUACAAUGUGAUCGAGGCGGUGCGGGACGCUGGUCUGAACGCCGUAGAGCUGAACGCCGGUAUCUCCGUGACCAGACUGGAGAACUUGGUGUCCUCCCUGUUCAACCAGCUCAGCAAGCGCCUGCCCACCACACACACAAUCAACCCGCGAGAGAGUGCCGUCCUGUUAGUCGAGUUCUUACUGGCUGCCAUUGAAAGUGAUCCUGAAGGCCGUCUGACGGUGCUCUCGGUGAAGGCGUUGCUGGCCACACUGUGUGGAGGGAAACUGAUAGAUAAACUCCGCUAUGUGUUUUCUCAGGUAUCUGACUCCGGCGGCGUGCUGGUACAGUCCAAGUUUGAUGGAUUUCUGAGGGAGGCUCUCAAGCUGCCCACCGCUGCACAUGAAGGACCGUCCUUUGGCUACACACACACCUUAGCACGCUCAUGCUUCCCACAACAGAAGAGGGUGAUGCUCAACAUGUUCCUGGACAUUGUUGCUGACCCUCCUCAGUGUCUUGUCUGGCUGCCUCUCAUGCACCGCAUGGCCAACGUGGAGCAUGUCUACCAUCCCGUGUCGUGCUCCUACUGUCGUGGCAACGCCAUGAUAGGCUUCCGCUAUCGCUGCCUCCGUUGCCGUGGCUACCAGCUCUGCCAGAACUGCUUCUGGCGCGGCAAUGCCAGUGGCUCUCAUAGCAACCAGCAUCAGAUGAAGGAGCACUCGUCCUGGAAGUCGCCAGCGACAAAGCUUGGCCGAGCCCUGAGCAGGACUCUGGGCUGCGUGUCGUCCAGAGAGCCCCCUCAUCCUAUUUACCCGGAGGAACCUGAGAGGACCCUCAACCUCUCCAACAUAGUCCCUUCUCGCCCCAUUGGAAACACCAGUGACGCCAUGUUGCUGUCCACAUCAGUGCCCGAGUCCUCCAAAAGUUUGGCAGCCGCUCGGCGCAUGAACGAGGAACACGCUCUGAUCGCUGCGUAUGUGAAUCGCCUCCAGAGCAGCCCAUGUAGUGUGGACAGUCCCAGCAGAGAAGAUGAGGAGCACAAACUGAUCGCCCGCUACACCUCCCGGCUGGCAGAGACUGACAGUACAGGAGUGAUACCUAAUCGGAGCAUCAACUUUGACGUGAACAAACAGAAGAGGGAGCUCAUUGCUCAGCUGGAAUGCAAAAACAGAGAGAUCCUGGCAGAGAUCAAACAUCUCCGUGUAGAGCAUGACGCAGCGUGCCAGGCCACCACCAACCCGACUCUGCUGGCCGAGCUUCGCCUGCUCAGACAAAGGAAAGAUGAGCUGGAGCAGAGAAUGUCGUCUCUGCAAGAGAGCAGGAGGGAACUGAUGGUGCAGCUCGAGGGACUGAUGAAGCUGCUCAAGGAUGAGGAACAGCGACAGGCAGCGCAGGCGGCUGGCUCUUCUCACGCCUCUCCUUCUCGACCGAGCCCAUCCACCGUCCGCUCUUUAGGUGCUUCAUCUCCCCAGGCUCGCCCUCCUCAGGACUCACUCGCUGGGGUUGGUGGUGACGUACAAGAAGCAUUUGCCCAAGGCCCGAGAAGGAACCUGAGGAACGACCUUCUGGUAGCAGCUGACUCCAUCACCAACACUGUGUCUUCACUGGUCAAAGAGCUCCACUCUGAUGACGUUCGGGAGGAAGAGGAGAGAUUGCUGAACGGGAAGGACAGAGCAGGUUAACAUGAUCGCAGGACAAACAAAAACAGCGGAGUGAUGUUUCAUCACGGCCAAAGAAGACUGACCCUGCUGAGAUUGAAAUGUAUCUUCUUGUAUUUAUCGUUAGCCAAUGGGGAUUAGAACUCCACUACUAGUAAACCAAUCACGAUGCUGGACACCAAACGACCGCUGGGUCCCUACUGAUGUAUAGCUGUGAUUCUUUGAGUGUGUCUUGUCACUGUGGAUUUACUUUUGUUUUCAUUUGAUCAUGCAUAGCUUAACGAGAAAUCUGAAACCUACUGAUUUGUACUGUAGCGCACGUGUGUGUGUGCACGCUUUGCGUUUUCGAGGGUCAAGUAAGUGAUAGGGGCAACGUGAAGUGACAUAAGGAUGUGUUUAGGACAUUUUUUGAAGGAUUAAAAAGUGCAAGAAAGUUUCAGGAUGGAAAUACAGGAUGUAAAUACAGUGGAGAGAAAAAGUAAGAAAAACUUAGGAAAGUCAAAAAGAGGAGAACUGAGUUGUUUUAAGUUUUCGGCACUGUGUGCUUAGUAUUUAUUGCUUGGAUUUGAUUUUUGACAUCUAUUCAUUCAGUUAUGGUGUUUAUGUGUACGUGAGUGUGGUCCAGCCCUGCUGAGACGAUAAGCUUUAAUGGGACGUUUCCUGUUGUAUCAAGCCCGGCUCAGUGCAGGCUGGAAAGCUGAAGUCCCGGUCCUGGUUCAGGUGUCUGAAACCUGGAAGAGAUUAGUCCCAUGGGUGCCCAGCUCAGGUUGUCCAGGCCUCUCUGUGUAUCUCGGUACUGCAGCGAAACGACAGUCAAAGAGGAGAUAUCUGAUUACUGUGUGUGUGAUUGUAUGCGUGUGUGUGAGCGUGUGUUUGUGUGUGUCUUGUGAGUGAGAGGGAAUAUAAAACCAUUUGCUUAAACAGUGUGGCAAUAGAGUAGCAAAGUGGGUGGAGUAAAAACAAAUGGGUUUUUUUAAGUGUCAGUGUUUCCCAACUUUAGAGUUCGGAAAGAAAAAAUUGUUACACAAAAAUACAGUUUUGACUUUCUGUACCGCUGUGAAGAUGCUCAAACUGCCAGUUGCCAAACAUUAUCAGUGCAAUAAAAGAAUGGGGCUUUUAUUUUCCAAACACUGCCUGUCCAAAGUAACUCCUCACACUUUGCUACUCUUUGAUGCCUUUCAAGCAUUCUGUAAAAUGCAGGGGAUCGUGAAGUUCUCUGUGGAUGUCGAACCACAACCACAACCAGCAACCCAAAAACCUUCAGAUCGGUAAUCUGAACCGGGUCAGGUAGAUUUAUUUUCAUGUAACAGAUGUGAAAUGAUUUUAAAACGUUUUAGUAUUUCAGGGUUUUGGUUUUAGCUCAUAGGAAGCUUUACUUAACUUCACCAGCCCUCCAAUUGUUUGACAGACUGCACGCGUCUGUGAUUAUCACAUUUUCAGACUGAAUGACUGUAUGAAUCAUUAAAUAAAUAAAUAAACCCUAGUAUUAAGGUGUGUGUGUGUGUGUGUGUGUGUGUGUGAGAAAGAGAGUGAGAGUGAAAUCAUGACUGAUAGGAUGGCCGUGUUCUGACAUGAAACUGUUAAACACAGCUCUGAACCUGCCUGAGCUGACUCAGUGUGUUUCAUCUGCAAUAAAUAUUAUUUA